AUGUCACCUUACGAGGCUGCCCUGGAUUUGCUCAGACGUCUCGAUCCUACGAAGGUGGAGCAAAAUCUCAAUCAAUUGAUAAAGUUGGACCCCGAUCUGGCGGAAGAUUUACUAGCGUCCGUGGACACCCCGUUGAAAGUAAAAAAAGACCCAAACGCGUCUCAAAAAGAAUUCCUAUGCUGCGACUACAACCGUGACAUAGACUCCCACAGAUCCCCAUGGUCAAACAACUACGUUCCCGCACUGUCGGCGCAGGAACUCGAGGAAUCGCCAUUUCCAUCAGACGCUAUUAGGGCUGUGGAGGUGCUUGCAAACGACUCGUUUGAUAUCUAUCGGGACUUAUACUACGAAGGUGGUGUCUCUUCAGUGUACUUGUGGGAUUUGGGCGAUGAUGCAGAUGCUGAUGGGGCCCCUAACGACUUUGCGGGCGUGGUCUUGCUUAAAAAGGGUGAGAACAGUCGUAGUUCGUGGGACGCUAUCCACGUUUUUGAAGUGCUACAGGAGGGAAGUACACAAAGCCAGGUCAGCUACAGGAUUACCACGACCAUUAUCCUUCACCUAAACUCGGAAAAGAAGAUGACUCUCGCUGGCAAUCUUACAAGGCAGACGGAGCGGUCGUUUGCGCUCCCAGGCCAUCUCUCUCCCGAGCAAUCGGGCAUCUGGCACGUCUCAAAUCUGGGCUCUGUUAUCGAGGAGGUCGAAUCCCAGAUGCGGAACCAGCUCGAGGUAGUUUAUUUCGAAAAGACCAAGGACAUUUACCGCGAGCUAAGAGAUUCCAGCCAAGAGGCCACUACGCAGAACCGGUCUGUCCAUGAAGAGGUGGUCAAGGGUCUACAAGGCAUGUAA